CCUUCAUGUAUGUGUGUUGUGUUAUGUACUAUACAAAAAAGCUAAGCAAAGGCUUUGUUUGGGUGAGAGACUUUUGAGCUCUGAUUUGAAGCGAAAAUGGCAAUGGCCAGCUUUGCGAGACGAAAGGCUUCGAUUCUCUGGAAGAACCACUACAAUUCUUCGGAUGUUCUUCGCUACUCUCUCUCUCUGACCUCCUUCUCCAGAAGCUUCGCAUCGGGAUCUGACGAGAACGACGUCGUGGUGAUCGGCGGUGGUCCCGGUGGCUACGUGGCCGCCAUCAAAGCCGCUCAAUUGGGGCUCAAGACCACCUGUAUCGAGAAGCGAGGCGCUCUCGGCGGCACAUGCCUCAACGUCGGUUGUAUCCCUUCUAAGGCACUCCUCCAUUCCUCCCACAUGUACCACGAGGCCAAGCAUUCAUUUGCGAGUCAUGGUGUGAAGUUCCCAUCUGUUGAGGUUGAUCUACCCGCCAUGAUGGCCCAAAAAGACAAAGCUGUUUCAGGCUUAACACGAGGCAUUGAAGGUCUGUUUAAGAAAAACAAAGUAACCUAUGUUAAAGGCUAUGGCAAGUUCAUAUCCCCUUCUGAAGUUUCCGUUGACACCCCUGAAGGCGGGAACGGUAUUGUGAAAGGCAAGAAUAUUAUUAUUGCCACUGGCUCUGAUGUCAAGUCUUUACCUGGGAUCACUAUUGAUGAGAAGAGGAUUGUAUCAUCUACUGGAGCUUUGGCUUUGUCAGAAAUCCCUAAGAAACUUGUGGUCAUUGGGGCUGGCUACAUUGGCCUUGAGAUGGGCUCUGUCUGGGGCCGUCUUGGCUCAGAGGUCACUGUUGUUGAAUUUGCACCUGACAUUGUUCCAACCAUGGAUAGCGAAAUCCGCAAGCAAUUUCAACGUGCUCUUGAGAAGCAAAAGAUGAAAUUUAUGCUCAAAACUAAGGUGGUCUCUGUUGACACUUCAGGGGAUGGUGUGAAGUUGACCCUUGAACCAGCAGCUGGUGGUAAGCAAAGCAUACUCGAAGCUGAUGUUGUUCUUGUUUCUGCUGGUAGAACUCCAUUUACAGCUGGACUUGGGUUGGACAAGAUAGGAGUUGAAACUGAUAAGGUUGGUCGGAUCCCAGUCAAUGAACGAUUUGCUACAAACGUACCAGGAGUUUUUGCGAUUGGAGAUGUUAUUCCCGGGCCAAUGUUAGCCCACAAAGCAGAAGAGGAUGGGGUUGCAUGCGUAGAGUUCAUAGCAGGCAAGGAAGGCCAUGUGGACUAUGAUUUGGUACCUGGAGUUGUUUAUACACACCCCGAGGUGGCAUCCGUUGGAAAGACUGAAGAGCAAGUGAAGGCACUUGGUGUUGACUACUGUGUUGGAAAAUUCCCUUUCAUGGCAAACAGUAGGGCCAAGGCAAUUGAUGAUGCUGAAGGAGUGGUCAAGAUACUAGCCGAGAAGGAGACUGACAAGAUAUUGGGUGUCCACAUCAUGGCGCCGAAUGCUGGGGAGCUCAUUCAUGAGGCAGUGCUGGCCUUGCAUUAUGGGGCAUCAAGUGAGGACAUUGCACGUACAUGCCAUGCACAUCCAACAAUGAGUGAGGCAUUGAAAGAGGCUGCCAUGGCCACUUAUGACAAGCCGAUUCACAUGUAAAAGAUGUGGUAUACCUUUGUGAUUCUUGUUCUAUUAUUACCUUGAGAAUUUUCGAAUGACUUUGCAAAGGCUUUCCAGUUUCUAAUAGUCAUUCAUCAACCAGAUCAAGUGGUUGAACAGAAAUUUGCUUUUCCUCCUUUUUUCGCUCUUCAUAAAUUACUGUACUUUCUGAAUGCUUCCUCAUCUGCAUGUUAAAAUUUUUCAAUAAAAAUGAGAAUUGUACUUGAAUUGAUAAUGAGUUAUGCACAAUUUACGGUUACUGAAA